UAUACAAGAAAAUUAAAAUGUGAAAAAUAAUAGAUACAUUUAUAAUUGAUAACUGUUACCGACGUUUCAUGUAAAUAGUACGAACGCGACCAAAAUUGCACGCAUGUGUAUUAUUAUCUUUUGGAUGUAGCAUGCUAUCCGUACGGGAUUUUAUUGAGUGUUGAAAAGCCGCAUGAAAAAGACCGCGGUAGCCACUUUCAGGCUUAUUCUCUCUGGCUUGAACCAAUUAUCGAUUGAGUAGCUCGAAAGUGAAGUUCGAUCAAAGUUACCAGUGGUCGAAGUGCCGAGUCGCAACUGUCGCGCGGAAUCUUCCCCCCGUUCCGUCUCCCGUUUUCCGCGGUUCCUACGAGUGUGCGAGAUCCCCCAGGUUUCCCCAAAAUUUUCGUCGGCGACGUACGCCACUGCCUACUGCUUGGCGUACGUGACAAAACGCCGAGAUUUGGAGCCUCGCACUCGUCCGGCAGACGGCAUCACGGUCGAUCUGGAGUUGAGCUGGAACGCCACCACGGCGGAUCUAUCGUAUGGACGACGCGCCGCUCGUAACAUCGUCUACGAGUUCUACGACGACGACGACAAGGACAGUGCGCGGUGUGUGUCAUUGAAGAAUUGGUGACAUUCACGAAAGGAUUUCGCGGACGAUGGUAGUGAUACAGAGGGAAGCGAUCCCUGGACGUGUCUGUCGUUUAUAACAAAUUUAACGAUGGCUAGUAAUUCAAGAGGGAUUCCGCGUAUUCAGGUUUUUAGACCAACAUACGAGGAGUUUAAAGAUUUCACGAAAUAUGUGGAGUACAUGGAGAGUCAGGGAGCUCAUAAGGCUGGUUUAGCAAAAGUGAUACCACCACCCGAAUGGAUCCCGAGAAAAAAAGGCUAUAAUCUGGAUGAGCUAGAUCUCACCAUUCCAGCGCCGAUCUGCCAAGUUGUCACUGGAAAACAGGGGCUUUAUCAACAAAUUAAUAUCCAAAAGAAGUCGAUGACCGUACAAGAGUAUAGUAAGUUAGCUAAUUCCGAUCGUUACGCUACUCCUCGUCAUUUUGAUUAUGAAGAUCUGGAGAGGAAAUACUGGAAGAACAUAACGUAUGUGGCGCCGAUAUAUGGCGCAGAUGUAUCUGGUUCUUUAACGGAUCCAGAUGUGAAAGAAUGGAAUAUCAAUCAUUUAGGAACAAUUCUUGAUUACGUUAACAAGGAUUACGGUAUAUCCAUUGAUGGCGUCAAUACAGCUUACUUGUAUUUUGGAAUGUGGAAAACCACAUUUGCCUGGCAUACGGAGGAUAUGGAUCUUUAUUCCAUAAAUUACUUACACUUUGGCGCACCAAAAACGUGGUAUGCUAUACCACCGGAACACGGACGUAGAUUAGAAAGACUUGCCAGCGGUUUCUUCACAAGCAGCUAUCAGAAUUGCCAGGCCUUCUUGCGUCACAAAAUGUCUCUAAUAUCUCCCCAAGUAUUAAGGCAAUACUCUAUUCCAUGUAACAAAAUAACACAAGAAGCUGGAGAAAUAAUGAUUACAUUUCCAUAUGGCUAUCAUGCUGGUUUUAAUCAUGGAUUUAACUGCGCCGAAUCCACUAAUUUUGCAGCACCUAGAUGGGUAGAAUAUGGAAAGAGAGCUACGCAAUGUACCUGCAGUAAAGAUAUGGUUAAAAUAUCUAUGGAUACCUUUGUGAAACGUUUUCAACCAGAUAGAUAUGAUUUGUGGUUACGCGGUGAGGAUAUUGGUCCCCAUCCUGAGGAUCCUAGGCAGACUGCCGCACCAAUGCCGUCACAAAUGGAUCUAUUAUGUAGUAAUAGUAACAGUGGUGAAUUACCACACGGCUACUUGAAUGCAAUGCCCAAAAAUAAGCGACAUAUGAUUCAUAAGAAAAAGAACAUUAUGAGCAUAAAUCCUAAUAACAUAGAUGAAUUUGAGAAUCCGGAUAUUCCUCCACAUGUUAAAAAAGUCUUACAAGAUCUCGAAAAUGAAGAGCAGGAAGUAGAGGAUCCACCACAUGUAGAAGUAGAUGAACAACAGUUUGAAUAUCUGGAAGAUAUUUGGUUGAAAGCAGGAGAAAUUGAUGUUGAGGAAGCAACUGUAUGUGAUGAUGGUUAUAAUCGCAAGAAAAGCAAGAAAAGAAAGAAAAAGCAAGGUGGAGAUAAAGAGAAAAAACCAAAAGUUGAAUCAAAAUCUAAGAAGGAAACCAGUAAAAUUAAUGCGCAGGAUGCGAAUUUAAUUAAAAUUGAGAUAAAAGAUGAACCUGAUAUAUCCAAUGUUUUUGAAUAUAUAGAAUCCCAGGAAAAUAUGGAAGACAUUCCUGUGCCUCAAGGAAGUUAUAAUGAUCAAAUUAUUAUAGAAGAUCCUAUAGAUCCUUUAAAAAUAAAUAGUAACCCUCCGAAUAAUUCUAAUACUUCAAAAAUAAUUUUAAAAAAUACUCAAAAGAAAAGGAAGCCUUCAAAACCUAAUGACCAGAAAAAAGUGAAGCCAAAACGUGUAACCAAAAGUAAACGCAAAUCCGAUAAUAUACCAUCUAACGUUGUAGAUGCCACUGUGCAAUGUGAAACUUUAUCUGAUUUCAACCUUUAUAAUACAACAAAUAUGCCUAUUAACCAAGAAAAAUAUAAGCUAAUGCCUGUGAGGGUUUCAAUUAGUAAUGAGCUUAAUAAGAUAGCCACAAACAAUCCUGAACAGUUAAAGAAUCUUUUUUCUAACGAUGACAACAAAGAUAUGGCAAGAUUAAUGAUCAAUGCAACGGAAAACAAAGUAACUUGUUUGUCGACAAACGACAAAAGUAGUUCUUUACAAAUGGAAUGUACAAAUGCAAAUCUUGAAAAGGAUUAUUACGUCAUUGGACAGAAUACAAAUUCUGUAUGUCAGAACGAAAGUACAAAAACCGUUGCAGCCACUCAAACAAAUCAGUCUAUAAAUAUAAACUACAAAAAUAUGAGUGCAAUGUCCACAAGAAACACAAUAAAUAAUACUCGUAAUAAGGGCAUAAUAAAAGAAGCUCGUUUAAAGCUGCUGCCUUCGGCCAUAGAAACUGCUAAAGUUUCUAAACAGCAAACUGAACAUUAUAUUGGAAAUCAGCAGACCCCAUCUAUGAAUAAGCCAAAGAUAGCAGCAGUUAUUAAUCCAGCCUCAGCCCAAUACUUGCUAUUAUCUCCUCAUCACAAUCCUCCAAUUUUACAGAAGGAAACUACAUUCCCACCGCAAUAUACAGAAACCAAUAACGCAGUUCAAAAUAUCCCACCAUUGUUAGAUAUUUCAGGACUUCCAGUUGGCACUGCUGUUACUCAUGUGCCUAACAAUCUAAAUCAUGUGUUUUCCAAUAGUAUAUUUCCGUCGCAUUUUAAGAAUGAUAAUGUGAAGGUUGAAAUAAAUGCUCUGGAAAAUACUUGUACAAGCAACGGUUACGAGGACGUAAAGCCAUACAAAAAUAAUGCGUAUUUAAAUGCUUCUAAAUCAGCUACAAUGAGAAACUCGCACACAAUUUCUUCAUUUGCAAAUAUAUCCAUAGGACAAAUGAAAAAUGUGAUGCAGCCACCCGAUUAUCCUCCAGCUCAAAUCAUACCUGUAUCUUCAUCUUCACCUUUAGCUAUGCCUGUUAAAAAUUUACCAAGUGAUAUGUACUUAUUUAAACCUGCAAACAGAUUAAAAAAAAUUAUGCCAAAAGUUACUAAAAGUACACCUCGCCAAAGGUCACAAAAAGGAAAGGAAGAAUCACGUGCUAGGAAGACACCAGCAAAAAAUAAUCAAUCAAAUAAUAACGCAUCUCUUAGAGAAAAUAAUUUUGGAUCUCAAAUUAGCAAUCCUGCAUUGACGAUAUCUGGAAAUUUAUCCAAUCCAAAUUCUUUAUCACAUAUUCCAAAUGUACGAAACACAGUACGAAAUUUAGAAAAUUAUGAACUAGAUGAGUACUCACGUAUACCUGACAAUAAGACACAAGACUUACAAAAGCAAACAAGUAAUACUUGUAUGCAUUUACCAUCUAAACAAGUGAAACAAUCCAAAAAAUUGCCACCUAUCUUAAGAAAGUCCAAAGAAAAAAAAGCUACAACAAGAAGAAAACAAGCAACAACUUUAAUCCCUCCUAAGUCUAUUUUUCUUGAAAAUACUUCUGCGAAUAUUGAUUCUACAGCCAUUUCUCCUGCGACUGUUACUUCAACGAGUGUUACUCCUCCAAUUGCUGCUUCGAUAGCUGUUCCUACAACUGUUGCCCUUGCUCCUGUGGCUGCUGUUACUACAGCUGUUACACCCACAACUGUUUCUGUGAUUGAAACUACGAAGCAGUGCUCAUUAAUGCAGUUCUCAGACGUAUCACAAGUCUGCAGUUCUCAGGCAAUAAUACCAGGUCACAUUUCUGAGAUGAUCUAUCCAAAUGUUCCAAACAGCGAGCUGCUAAAAGCAUUCAAUGAUUAUUGGAGUGCUCAAGAAUCCCAUUGUGCAAUAUGCGCUACUUUUGCUUCAUGUACAAAGGGAAAUAAUAGAAUGAUGCCACCUGAUUGGAAAUAUUGCACAUCAAUUACGUUACCUGAGAGUACACCAAUAUGGGUAUCGGCCAGUAUUUUUGCUGCGAAUUCCAAGGAACAAGCUGUGGAAUCGGAAAAUAAUAAGCUUUUACGAUGCAGAGAGUGUCACGUAACUGUACAUGCAUCUUGUUACGGUAUAACUAUAUUACCUACGGAUAUCCGAAAUUGGGCUUGCGACAGAUGUAAAGCUGGCAGAAAUGAUGUGAUGUGUUGCUUGUGUCCGAUGUUUGGUGGGCCCCUCAAGCGUACCAGUGACAGCAGGUGGGCACAUAUAUUAUGCACGCUCAUGAUACCAGGAGCCACGUUCAAAGAUGCUAUAAAUAAAGAUCCUAUCAACGUAUUAACGAUUAUGGCAGACUCUUGCUACAAAAAAUGUUGUUUCUGUGGGCAACAGGAUGGAGCAUGCCUGAAGUGUAAUCAGUGCAACAACCUAUUUCAUCCGUCUUGCGGUCUCGCAGCGGGUGCUAUAUUUACCAUACCGCUGUAUAAUUCAACUGAACUUCAGGUAAUGUGUAACGGACAUGACGAAGGCAAAGAAAAGAUCCCGCAAAUACGCCAGGGAGAAACAGUUUGGGCAAAGCAUCGCAACAAGCGAUAUUAUCAAGCCAAAGUAGAGGCUAUUCAGGAAACCUUCUUUUACAUGGUUACAUUUAACGAUUAUAGCUUCAGUGACGACCUGUUUCCUUCAGAUGUAAUCAAUUAUGAGCCUGAAAACACACCUCCGGUUGGAGCUGCAGUGCAAGUAAAGUGGACGGACGGUCAAACAUAUGACGGCAUCUUCGAAGGUACAAAUCAUCGAAUGAUGUUUACUGUGAUUUUUGAAGAUGGCUCCAAACUUGUUUUAAAGCGUAAUGAAAUCUACAGUUUGCAAGAAGAUAUGCCAAAAAGAGUACGUUCUCGUCUGUCUGUUGCGACUGAAAUGAAGCACCGAGCUCAUCUUUAUGGCACGGAAGAUGAAACAGAGGCGCAUAGAAAAGUGAAACAAACGAAAAAUUAUAAUUGAAUUGAACUGUAACGAUUCAAUGUAAAUAUUAUUAAGAGAAGAGAGUAUAUAGAGAAAUCUGUUGUAAAUAGUAGAUAAUGGGAAUUAUAUUUUAUAAUCGUAAUUGUCUUCUUUUUAAAUUAAUUAUUCAAUUUCGAAUUGACCAGUAUAAAAAUUUUUCUUUUUAUGUCUAAUAAUUUCCAUUUUAGUUAAUUUAUGUUUUUCAACAAUGAAAAUAAUUGUAUACAAAUCUCUUAUAUGUUAAAUUAUUAGUUUACAGUAUUGUGCUUACGUAAUUGUCAUAAAUGUAUUCUGUAUCGUACAUAAUUGGACUAUUUUAUUAAUGUUUAUUAGAUUAGGACGCACACGUGUACGUAUGUACACACAUACACACACAUGUACGCAGAGAAAGAGAGAGAGAGAGAUAGAGAGAUAGAGAUUAUGUAUACUUGUGUACCUAAUUUUAACGGCAACAAUGGAAAGUAUUGUUGAUAUAGUUAUUAUGUACAGGAAUAUUUUAUGACAAUCUUUUAUCCGAGACUAAUUAAAUCAUAUCUCUAAAAAAACAAAAAAUAUUUUUUUGAAAACAAAAUCAAUGUUUUUUAGAUAUCAAAAGAUUUUCCUCUGUUUCUGUCUCUUUUUCUAUUACUUUUUCUUCUUGAAAUAAAAUUGCAUAGAAA